CACGAAGCGCGAAUGUCGCUUUACAUCAUUUGAAGACUAAUUUCUUGCUUGUCGACAUACAAAACGAAGCAAAAUUCUGGCAAAAUUGUGCGCGUUCGUGCCCGAUGUCUAGUGCUGAAGUCGCCGAUAAUUCCGUUGACCCCCCGGCGAAAAAGCGGAAGCUAAAUACAGGAGCAGCCCAUUCCAAUUCCUCAGCAAUGGCGAACAAUGGGACGCGUGUAGAAGAUGAAAUCGACGAGAGCCUGUACUCGCGGCAGCUGUACGUGCUGGGGCACGAUGCGAUGCGGCGCAUGGCCACCUCGGACGUGCUCAUCUCAGGGCUUGGGGGCCUCGGCGUGGAGGUUGCCAAGAAUGUGAUCCUCGGUGGUGUCAAGUCGGUGACCCUGCACGAUGAGAGAACAUGUACCGUGGCCGAUCUGUCAUCUCAGUUUUACCUGUCAGAAGAUUCGAUCGGUCAAAACAGGGCACUGGCAUCGUGCGAGCAGUUGUCAGAGUUGAACCACUACGUGCCUACUACUGCAUAUACUGGACCUCUGACUGAGGACUUUUUGAAGAAGUUCCGUGUGGUGGUGCUGACGGGGGCCUCGUGGUCGGAGCAGGAGAGGAUCGCGUCUAUAACACAUGCAAAUAACAUAGCUUUGGUCAUAGCUGAUACUCGUGGGUUGUUCUCACAAGUGUUCUGUGACUUUGGGCCAGAGUUCACUGUGGUGGAUGUGACUGGAGAGAAUCCUGUGUCAGCAAUGAUUGCAGAUAUUACACACGAGUAUGAGGCUGUUGUAACUUGCUUAGAUGAUACACGUCAUGGACUGGAGGACGGAGACUAUGUCACAUUUAGUGAAGCAAUAAGACGAAUGAAUCCAUCAGUGAACGUGCUAGCACAAGAGAACAGAGUCUGCCCAGAAACAGAGAACGUAUACGACGACGCGUUCUUCGAAGCUCUAGACGGAGUGGCCAAUGCACUAGAUAACGUGGACGCCAGGAUUUACAUGGACCGCCGCUGCGUUUACUACAGAAAACCCUUGCUUGAGAGUGGCACGCUUGGCACUAAAGGCAACACUCAGGUAGUAGUCCCCUUCCUAACGGAGUCGUACAGCUCGUCCCAUGACCCCCCGGAGAAGACGAUCCCGUACUGCACGCUGAAGAACUUCCCCAACGCCAUCGAACACACGCUGCAGUGGGCGCGCGACGAGUUCGAGGGCCUGUUCCGCCAGGCCGCGGCCCACGCGGCGCAGUACCUGCGCGACCCGCACUUCCUGGAGCGUACCAUGAAGCUGCCCGGCAGCCAGCCGCUGGACGCCAUUGAGAGCGUCAAGAACGCAAUAAACGACCGACCGCUAAACUUCGACGACUGCGUCGUGUGGGCGCGCCUUUAUUGGGAGACGCAAUACGCCAAUCAGAUCAAACAACUGCUGUAUAACUUCCCCCCCGACCAGCAGACCACUAGCGGAGCCCCUUUCUGGUCCGGGCCUAAGCGCUGCCCGGAGCCCCUCGACUUCGACCCCAACGAUGAUCUGCAUGUGGACUACGUAGUCGCCGCCGCGAAUCUAAGGGCGUCCGUGUACGGCUUGCCUCAUUGUACAGACAGGGAACACAUUGCGCAAGUCGCCGCGUCCGUUAAGGUACCGGAGUUCAGUCCGAAGUCGGGCGUGAAGAUCGCUGUGACUGACGCGCAGCUGCAACAGGGCGCCGACGAGAUGGACUCGGACCGCGUGCAGGGUAUCGUCGGCGAGCUGCCCCCGCCCGCCAAACUGUCUGGGCUGGCCAUCACGCCUCUGGAGUUCGAGAAGGACGACGAUUCCAACUUCCACAUGGACUUCAUCGUGGCCGCCUCCAAUCUGCGUGCCGCCAACUACAAGAUCCCACCCGCCGACCGACACCGUUCCAAGCUGAUCGCCGGCAAGAUCAUCCCGGCCAUAGCCACCACUACGUCGGUGGUGGCCGGCCUGGUCUGCCUGGAGCUUUACAAGCUGGCGCACGGCUUUAACACUCUAGACCCGUUCAAGAACGGCUUCGUCAAUCUGGCGCUACCCUUCUUUGGCUUCUCAGAGCCUAUCGCGGCCCCCACCAACACCUACUACGACAAGAAGUGGACCCUCUGGGACCGGUUCGAAGUCAAGGGAGAAAUCACCCUGCAGCAGUUCCUCGACUACUUCAAGAACGAGCAUAAGCUCGAGAUCACGAUGUUGUCGCAAGGCGUCUGUAUGUUGUACUCUUUCUUCAUGCCGAAGGCCAAAUGCCAGGAACGGCUGAACCUGCCUAUGUCGGAGGUGGUGGUGAAGGUGUCCAAGAAGAAGCUGGAACCGCACGUAAAGGCGCUGGUAUUCGAGCUGUGCUGCAACGACGAGGACGGCAACGACGUGGAGGUGCCGUACGUCAAGUACACGCUACCCUAGUGCUGCCGGCCCUCGGCCACUCUUCGCCACUCCGACACCUGUCCGCGACGGAAACGAGCAUUUCAUGGCAUUUGAAGCAUAAUAGUUACCGUUCCAGUGAUGGUUCUACACGAAUUUCGCAUAUAGAAGGGUAUUUUUACUGAGAUUGUC